CGAGCGCCAGGCGGCUGCUGAAGACUGGGAGGACGCGGCGUGUGGCCUCUUGCACCGCAAAACCUGAGGCGUGGAUGCCUGGUUCCCAGGUGUGAAGCGACUAGCGGUCGGCCCUUCGGCCCUGGCUCACCGGGGGUUGCUCUAGUUUUUGAGAGCGUAAAGUGCCUCCCGGGUGCAACCUGGGGGUCCAGGGCUGCCCUGGAUAUGGCCAGUAUCACCCAGCUGUUCGAUGAUCUCUGCGAGGCUCUCUUACCUGCUGCCCAGGCUCGUCCGGGCCAGCGCAGCGUGAAUAGGAAAAGGGCAAAGCUGAGUCUUAAGAGGAUAGCCUACAAUGCUCUUUUUGCAAAUCUUUUUCAAGAGGAGACUCAUCAGCGGCAGCCUGACUCGUCGAGGCUCCCAGUGAAAAACAAGGUCCUCAUGCUGUCCUUCGAUUUGAGAGUGGGCGGCAUGGGGCCAGAGGCUGACCGUUUGGAGGAGCUUGUGGAGAAGCUGGAAGCGAUUCCUGGCUGUCCUUUUGUGGAGGUGGAGUCGGUGCUGGACCUCUUGGUUCAGCUGGCAGGGAGCGGCCCUCCUCAAGUGCUGCGGAGAAAACGGGAUUACUUCUUUAACAACAAGCACGCAGGCAGAAAUGUACCCUACAGCGACUACGAUUGCUAUGAUUUGAGUGUGUUUGAAAUGGACGUUCGGUCACUUAUCUCUGGAGAGGAGUACUUGUGUCAUAACAUGGUCCAGGAAGCACUUCAAGUGAUGGAGGCUGCUCCAGGCACCGGCCUGCCCACCGUUGGGCUCUUCUCAAUUGGUGACUCUUGUGACAGGUAUGAGAGAGACACCCGGGUCUCACUCUUUGGUGCCCUCGUGCACAGCCGCACAUAUGACAUGGAUGUGCGACUGGAUCUGCCCCCGGUGCCAGACAGCGCAGACUUUUCUGGAUUGGCUAUUAAGGUCCCACAGAUUAUAGAUCAGUGGGAAGAUGAAGGGUUCCAAUCAGCUUCCAAUUUAACUCCUGACUCCCAGUCUGAACCAAGCAUGACCCCCGACUUGGACCUGUGGGAAGCUGUGCUCACAUAUGAAGCCAGCAAGCGGAGGUGCUGGGAGCGCAUUGGAUGCCUCCCAGGUCACCGAGAGGAGCCCUACCUCACCGAGGCAGGGAGGGAUGCCUUUGACAGGUUCUGCAGGCUGUGUCACGGAGAGCUGCAGGCCCUCAGUGGGGGUUUACUCCAGUGCCCCAAGCCUGUGCUGGUGGAAGAGAGUGAGCUGGUGAAAGACUCACUGAAUGUUCUGCUAGGCGUCGUCUCUGCUACAUUUUCUCUUUGUCAGGCCACUCAAGCCUUUGUAGUGGAGCUGGGUGUCCACGUGUCAGGUGCAUCUCCUGAGAGCAUCAGCAGCAUCCUUUCAGAGGUGGCGGAGUAUGGAACCUACUACACACGCCUGAGCCACUUCUCUCUACAACCUGUUGUAGGCUCCUUGUGCAGCAGGGGCCUUGUGUUCCAGGCCUUCACCAGCGGCCUUAGAAGGUACUUGCAGUACUACCGGGCCUGUGUUCUCUCCACACCGCCUACCCUGAGUCUCCUCACCAUUGGCUUUCUCUUCAAGAAGCUGGGUCGGCAGCUCAGGUACUUGGCUGAGCUUUGUGGUGUUGGUGCUAUAUCCCUGGCAACCAGUGGAGAACCCAGGGCGGUGUUCCCCACCGGAGUGAAGCUUCUGUCCUACCUCUACCAGGAGGCACUGGAUAACUGUAGUAACGAGCACUAUCCUGUGUUGCUGUCCCUGCUGAAGACCAGCUGUGAGCCCUACACACGGUUCAUCCAUGAUUGGGUGUACAGUGGAGUCUUCAGAGAUGUUUAUGGGGAGUUCAUGAUCCAAGUUAACCAUGAGUACCUUAGCUUCAGAGACAAGUUUUACUGGACCCAUGGCUACGUGCUCAUUUCCAAAGAGGUGGAGGACUGUGUUCCUGUGUUCUUGAAGCACAUUGCCCAUGAUGUGUAUGUCUGUGGAAAGACCAUCAAUCUACUGAAGCUCUGCUGUCCCCGGCACUACCUUUGUUGGUCUGAUGUCCCUGUCCCGCGUAUCUCGGUGAUUUUCUCUCUCGAGGAGUUGAAGGAGAUUGAGAAGGACUGUGCUGUCUACGUUGGGCGGAUGGAGAGAGUUGCCCGUCAUAGCUCCAUCAGCAAAGAAGAAAAGGAAUUGCGUAUGGAAAUUGCAAAACAAGAACUAAUUGUCCAUGCUCGGGAAGCAGCAUCUAGGAUACUGAAUGAGCUGAGUGAUCGGCAGAUGUCAGAACAGAUGGCUGUGGACACCAGGAAGCGAGAGCAGUUUCAGCGACUGAAGGAACAGUUUGUGAAGGAUCAGGAGCGACGCCUGGCGGCCAGACAAGAGGAGCUAGAUGAUGAUUUCAGCUAUGCCCGUGAGCUCCGUGACCGGGAGAAGAGGCUAAAGGCCCUGGAGGAAGAGCUGGAGAGAAAGGCCAGGCAGGCGCUGGUUGACCAUUACAGCAAGUUGUCUGCAGAGGCAGCUCGCCGAGAGCAGAAAGCUCUGUGGAGAAUCCAGAGGCAUCGACUGGAAAGCGCUCGGCUUCGGUUUCUCCUAGAAGACCAGGAGCGCAUUCAGGAGAUGCUGAGAGACAUGGAAGCUCAUCAGCCCCAGGAGCCACCUAGUGUGUUCCUAAGCACUUGCUCUCAGAUCACAUCUUCAGGUCCUGAGCAUGCAGAUAAAGGCCGCAGCUGUGAUCUGGGAUCCACAGAACUACAGUGGGAUUGUCUAAGUCUACCCGGUACAUCAACAUCAUCAGCCCUCAAGUCUGCAGCAGAAGGAGCUGAUGACUCUGGGGCUGGACAGGCAGAGGGAGCUGGGCCAUUCUCUAGUGGUUUCAGCAUCACAGACUUUCUGCCCACGGGCCCUGGGGCUGAACAGCCUGUGGAUAGUACUGAAGCUCCCUUCUUAGAGGCAGCACUGCAGACUAUCUGCUCAGACCUACCCCCUAGAACUCCUGGGCCAGCACUCACAGCAGCCAGCCCCCAGCCUAACCAGUCAGAGUAUGAUUUCAAUACCAUUUUGAGGCCAGCUCUGGCUGCCUCCUCUUCACAAGGACCCUUCCAGGAUGUCCAAAAUGGUUUGGACAGCAAAAAGCAGCAUGACCUGGGGGACAUAUCCACAAAACUGAAUGUAUGUGUCCAUGACAUGCAAGAGACUUUGCCUUGCCCAUAUCCACUUAAGCAUGUCACUCCCAAGGAAGGGAGCUUCCAGCCUGUGGGGCAGCUCCUUGAACACAUGUCAGGGAUUAUUGUCCCUACAGAGAGCCUUGCUUCUGGAAUGGCUCCUUGCCAGCAACUUAGGAACAUUUCCAGAUUUGUGUCAGAUGCCAGCAUCGAGGUUGGGGAGAAUGUAUCAGAUGUGGCUCCUUCUCGGCCACGGUGGAAUGUCCAUGGACACGUGUCAGAUGCCAGCAUCAAGGUUGGGGAGAAUGUGUCAGAUGUGGCUCCUUCUCAGCCACAGUGGAACAUCCAUGGCCAUGUAUCAGAUGCCAGCAUCAAGGUUGGGGAGAAUGUGUCAGAUGUGGCUCCUUCUCGGCCACGGUGGAAUGUCCAUGGACAUGUGUCAGAUGCCAGCAUCAAGGUUGGGGAGAAUGUGUCAGAUGUGGCUCCUUCUCGGCCACGGUGGAAUGUCCAUGGACAUGUGUCAGAUGCCAGCAUCAAGGUUGGGGAGAAUGUGUCAGAUGUGGCUCCUUCUCGGCCACGGUGGAAUGUCCAUGGACAUGUGUCAGAUGCCAGCAUCAAGGUAGGGGAGAAUGUGUCAGAUGUGGCUCCUUCUCGGCCACGGUGGAAUGUCCAUGGACAUGUGUCAGAUGCCAGCAUCAAGGUUGGGGAGAAUGUGUCAGAUGUGGCUCCUUCUCUGCCACGGUGGAAUGUCCGUGGACAUGUGUCGGAGGCAAGCAUCAGGACUGGGGAGAAUGUGUCAGAAGAGGUUCUUCAAGCACAGGAGUGUACUCAGCCUCCCUUGAUUUUGGAGGAACCCUUGCCAGAAGCUGAGCCCGACCUACUCAAGCCCCAUCAGUGCACUCCUGCCCAUGUGUCCCAGUCAGGACUCGGUGUGGAAGCACAGAGCCCCACUCUGGAAUGUGGGCCACAACUACCUGGAGAAACGAAGCCUACCAUCUCUUCUAUCCCUGGCAGCACAGAGGAAGGUAGCCUAGAGACCAAGCCCUCUCUUGUGGUUGAGCCUAGCACACUGAGAAAUGGCAUCCCUGAAGAGACAGGUCCAGGGAGGAGUAGGGAUGCUGAAGACCUCUCUCCAUGGCCUCCAAGCUCACAGGAAGACACAGCUGUCCCAAGCAGCCCAGGCCCUAGUGAGGAGGUAUCAGACACAGAGGCUGAGGUCAGAUGCUGGGGCAAGGAGCAAGCCUAUUUGGCAGACCUCACAAAGCUCUACCACCUGGAGCAGUACCCAGACAGCUACGAAUCCAUGUCAGAGCCUCCUGUUGCUCACCUGGUACACCACAUGCUUCCCCAGGCCUUUGCUUUCCCUGUGGAUCCCCAAGUUCAGGCAGCAGUAGACGAGACUGCAGUGCAGCUAAGUGAGCUGCUGACAUUGCCUGUGCUCAUGAAGCGCUCCCUCACGGCACCUCUGGCUGCCCAUGUCACCUUGGUGAACAAAGCUGCAGUUGACUAUUUCUUUGUGGAGCUGCACCUGGAGACACAUUUUGAAGCGCUGCGACAUUUCCUGCUGAUGGAAGAUGGAGAGUUUGCUCAGUCUCUUAGUGACCUGCUCUUUGAGAAGCUCGGGGCUGGACAGACACCAGGAGAGCUGCUCAAUCCAUUGGUCCUUAACAGCAUCCUGAGCAAGGCACUGCAGUAUAGCCUCCAUGGGGACACCCCACAUGCUACCAACCUGUCUUUUGCUCUCAAGUACCUGCCUGAGGUGUUUGCCCCUAAUGCCCCAGAUGUGCUGAGCUGCCUGGAGCUCAGGUACAAGGUCGACUGGCCCCUCAACAUUGUUAUCACUGAGAGCUGCCUGAACAAGUACAGUGGUAUCUUCUCCUUCCUGUUACAGUUGAAGCUCAUGAUGUGGACACUCAAAGACAUCUGCUUCCACCUCAAGCGCACAGCCCUAGUGAGCCACACAGCUGGCUCAGUGCAGUUUCGCCAGCUGCAGCUGUUUAAGCAUGAGAUGCAGCAUUUUGUGAAGGUCAUCCAAGGCUACAUCGCUAACCAGAUCCUGCAUGUCAGCUGGUGCGAGUUCAGAGCCCGGUUAGCUGUAGUGGGUGAUCUGGAGGAGAUCCAGCGGGCCCAUGCUGAGUACCUGCACAGGGCUGUUUUCAGGGGCCUACUGACAGAGAAGGCAGCACCAGUCAUGAACAUCAUCCACAGCAUCUUCAGCCUGGUGCUCAAGUUCCGAAGCCAGCUCAUCUCUCAGACCUGGGGCCCAGCUACGGGCCCCCGUGGUGCUGAGCACCCCAAUUUCCCACUCAUGCAGCAGUCCUAUAGCACCUUCAAGUACUACUCCCACUUCCUCUUCAAAGUAGUGACCAAGCUGGUGAACCGUGGCUACCAGCCUCACCUUGAAGACUUCCUGCUUCGCAUCAACUUCAACAACUACUACCAGGAUUCCUGAGGACAGACAGGAUCGUGGUGCUGCAUCCCCAUUUGACCUGGCUGGGACUAGGACAGUGAGCACAGACAGACCUGAAAAGGCUGCUUUAUUUAGAGGCCUGGGAGAUUAAACAGGUGUCAGGCCCAGCCCUUUGGGGCAAGAUGCACCAACAGGCUAUAAGGCUUAUUUAGCCCUAUUUGCAUCACUUAUAAGCAUGACUGAGGUCCUAUACUGGCAUGAAGCACUGUGUGCUGGGGGCAUGUUGAGUGCUAGGCCAGGGCAGUGCUGCUAAUGUGGAUCAGACAGAGAUGGGUCAGGUUUUGACUGGAGAUCUCUGCCAUCAUGGAGAGACCACGAGAGUAGGGAUCCCAAUGGCCUCAGCAACUCAGCAGCACUGGGUAGAAGCCUUGGGGACUCCAGGUGUGGAGGACACCAAGGCCUUUAUGAGGAUCAUGUUACACAGAGUUCUGCUGCCCAGAGGGGUGGCCUGCUGCUGUAGGGACACUGCUCAUCAGUGGUCCUUGUCGCUGCUUCAGGGCCUGUGGUCUCAGUGGCUGCCCCUUCACUGUAGUAAGGAGAUUCCAGCAGCUUCAGGACACGCCGCACCUGGAGAACAGAUGAGAAGAAUUGUGUGAGCAGACUAUUUAAUGACAGCUCUUCCUCCCAGGGACACAAUAGGUACAGAUGUGUGCUUGCCUCGGCAAAGUCUCCGUUUUCAGCAGCUUCAAUGGCAUUCUGUGCAAUGUAGUUCCUUAGGACGUACUUGGGGUUGUUGGCAUGCAUGACACGCACACGCUCUGCCUGCCAGGCAGCAGUGUCUCCGAAACCCUCCUUCUCCUUGUCCAGACGGACUCUGGAAUCAUAGCCCUAGCUGGGUUUUCCCAAUAAGAACAGCUUGCUCAAUGCCCCCCAAUUCAGGGUCAUCUGUAGCCAUCCCCUUGUGCCAUUGGCCAAGGAACCAGGACAGGUGACCCUAGAAGCUGCCUACCUGUACUCCUGUAGCCAGGUUUCCCAGUGGUCUGUGUUCCUGCUCUGCAGUUCAGCAGGGCUCAUCUUUUCCAGCCGUGACUGAUGUUCCACACGCUCUAGCUCCUUUGUGACAUUUGCUUGAGUGCCAAUCAGUGCAAAGAGCUGUGGGUUCGACUGUGCAAGCAUCAGCAUCAUAGAGAGCUGCCUGUGGGAAGGGGUGGCAUGGGAAGUAUCUCAGCUAGGGGCAGUAAUACUGCCUUGCUGUGAGGUUGGCUGCUUUGUAGGUAGCUACGUGACUCAGGUACUGAGCCAGCUUCCAAAUUGCCCCUGACCCAGACAUUGCAGUUAACUGAAGAGGUCAGGGGCAUCUGACCCAGGUGUUUCCAUCAACUCUCAAGUGUCAUUUCCUCUUUGUCCACUAAAUUCCUUCUGCAUGACCA